AUGAAGGUGUCAAUCGUAAUCCUUAUGGUUUUGGUAGCCUGCGCGGUUGCCUUGCCAAGUCAGAAAUGGGAUAAUGGUGGUGGAAAUGGACAGCAAGGAGUUGGUUUGAUCUCCGGUUUGAGCGGACUCUUACAUCACGUUCUGCAAGCGCUGAGCAAACUACUAGGAGGUAUCAACGUUGGAGUAUUACUUGACACUUUGCCAAAGCAGCCAGGCAAUUCUCGACUAAAUAGCAUGCUACAAGCAAACAAUGGUGACUGGAAUGCCGUAGUGGAAUCGGAGGGGGGCCAACAAGCUUUGGUGCAAUCGAUCGUUCAGCUUAUCCUAUCCAAAGGGGGAGACUUGAACACAGUUACUAAUAUUCUGGGUAUUCUAGGAAAAGACAAAGGAGCACUGAACGCGAUCGAGAAGAAGAUAUUAUCACACGUGAAAGAAUUAUUAAAAGACGGAGGCACACAAACGAUAACACAAAUUAAGAGACUCAUCGGGAAAUUAAGCAAAGGACAAACAGAAUCUUCGUCGAAAGAGUCAGGUCGACCUUCAAAGGAAGGGUCAGAUAAUUCUGCGUCAGAAGGGUCGGAUAGUUCGUCAGGAGAGUCAGGUGGUUCUGCGUGGGGAAAAAAUAAAGAACACGGUGGAUCGUUAGACGUUAAGCGGAAGACAAAAAUACUGCGACUCAUAAAAUCAAAAAUAUUGGCCAAAAUAGGCGGCUCGAAAGGAGGAAUAAAAGGAGUGAUUAGGAAGGAAGCGGAAAAGAUUAAGACAACGAUAUUCAAGAAGAUCGAAAAAGAAAUACUGAAAAAGAGAAAGAGCGGUGUAGAAUUAAACGAAUCUGAGUUGCUAAGAAAAUGUAAACGAAUAUCCGAAGAAGAGUUAGAGAAAUAUGACAGUUCGCUGAACAAAAUCAGGGGCGGUAAGAAAGGUAGCAGCAGCAGCAGCAGCCAAACGAUCGAUGUUAGUGUUAGGAAGGAGAUUACGAAGAUAACCGAAAAGAGAUUGGUCGAGGAAUUGAAACAGUCCGGUAUUUUAGAAGAAAAAGAGAAGCUGUCUUCGGAAGAGUUAACUAAGUGCAAAGAGGUGAUAACGAAGAAGGUUGAAGAAGAAAUUCGCGAAAAACAAAAAGGUGGAACGAGAUUAAAGAAAUCUGAGAUAAAACGAAUAAUUGAAGAAGUAGUUAAGAAGGAGGCACAGAGCGAGACUAUAAUAAGCAUAGUUCGCGGAGGAAAGAAAGGUAGCAGCAGCAGUAGCGAAACGACUAGUGUCAGUAUCAAAGAGGAAGUUACAAAGGUAACCGAAGAAAAAUUGACGCAGGUGUUGAAGGAAAGUGGUGUGUUAAAAGAAGGAAAAGAGACAUUGACCUCGGAGGAGUUAACGAAGUGUAAAGAAGUGAUAAUAAAGAAGGUCGAAGAAGAAAUUCGUGAGAAAGAAAAAAAUGGUAAAAAGUUAGAGAAAUCUGAAAUAAAACGUAUAACUGAAGAAGUAAUUAAAAAAGAGGCACAGAGUGAAACUAUAAUAAGCAUAGUUAGCGGAGGGAAGGGAGGCAGCAGCAGCAGCAGCAGUAGUGAAACGAUCAGUGUUGCUACUAAGGAAGAAAUCAGCAAGGUAACAGAAGAAAAAUUGACGCAGGUGUUGAAGGAAAGUGGUGUUUUGAAAGAUGGAAAGGAGACAUUGACCUCGGAGGAGUUAACGAAGUGUAAAGAAGUGAUAACAAAGAAGGUUGAAGAAGAAAUUCGCGAGAAAGAAAAAAGUGGUAAAAAGUUAGAGAAAUCUGAAAUAAAACAAAUAACUGAAGAAGUGAUCAAAAAGGAGGCACAGAGUGAAACUAUAAUAAGCAUAGUUAGCGGAGGGAAAAAGGGUAGCAGCAGCAGUAGUGAAACGAUCAGUGUUGCUACCAAGGAAGAAAUCAGCAAAGUAACCGAAGAAAAAUUGACGCAGGUGUUGAAGGAAAGUGGUGUUUUGAAAGAUGGAAAGGAGACAUUGACCUCGGAGGAGUUAACGAAGUGUAAAGAAGUGAUAACAAAGAAAGUCGAAGAAGAAAUUCGCGAGAAACAAAAAAGUGGUAAAAAGUUAGAGAUAUCUGAAAUAAAACAACUAACUGAAGAAGUAAUUAAAAAAGAGGCUCAGAGCGAGACUAUAAUAAGCAUAGUUAGCGGAGGGAAGGGAGGCAGCAGCAGUAGCAGUAGUGAAACGAUCAGUGUUGCUACUAAGGAAGAAAUCAGUAAGGUAACCGAAGAAAAAUUGACUCAGGUGUUGAAGGAAAGUGGUGUUCUAAAAGAAGGAGAAGAAAAAUUGAGCUCAGAACAACUGACGCAGUGUAAGGAAGUGAUAUUAAAGAAGGUCGAAGAAGAAAUCCAUGAAAAACAGAAAAGUGGGUCAAAAUUGGAGCAAUCCGAGAUACGUCGAUUAACCGAAGAAGUGAUCAAGAAAGAAGCGAAGAGCGAAAGCAUAUUACAGAUAGUUAAAGGUAGCGCAAGCCAGGAUGAAGUCGUUGAUGCUGGUCUUUGGGAGAAGAUAACAGAGGUCACAAAAGAAAAGCUGAAAGCGGAAGUGGAAAAAGCCAAAUCUUCCGGAAAAAUAGAGGAGGAAUUAAGCUUGACUGAAUUACAAAAGUGCAGCCAAAGAAUAUUAAAAGUGGUUAAAGAAGAAUUACGUGAGGUGAAGAAGAGCGGUAAAAAACUGGAGGAAUCUAAAGUAUUGAAGAAGGUUGAAGAAAUAAUCCAAAGGGAGGUACAUGAAAGUAAUUUAUUAGUCGAAGUUCACAAUGAAACAAAGGCUGAAAAAUCUGAGUCACAAAGUUCAAGUGAGAAGAAGGGAGAAUAAUAGGAGGAAAUCAUAAAUAACAUAAAGCAUAAACUAAUCAUCGAUGGAACAGACUAGUUGAUAGGAAAAAGGUGGUGAGAUAACUUUAACUAAUUUUUCGAGUGCAAACUAAUAUUA